AUGGAUGCUUCUACGGUGAGGUACAGAUCAUCACGGGGACGGGAAGGGCAGCUUCUAGCUUCUUUCGACACGAACUUCUCGAGCGCAGUCUUCCGACGCAAUGCGAGGUCUAUCAACAUCAGCGGAAAGCAAAAGGGCUUUUGGCGUUUCUGCCAAGCAGCCAAACACCGAAUCCAGCGGCCACACCGGAAUGCGCGCGCACUCAGAGAGUACGAUCUUUCAAGCCGUCCCUGGAACAAGUCGUCCGCUGCCGUAGGGUCGGGGCCACGGUCAUCAUCUUACCGGACGACAAUCCUCUUCAACUACUCGCCUCUGGGCGAAGUUGACUCCCAGGUACGUUCACGUCCAAGAGGGCUUGAACGGCUCCUCUGCCAACUUACCUGGAAGCUGCGCGUGUGCGGAGCUUGGAUGGCAUCUGGUUCGCGGCCUCACCGAGCAGUUGAGCAGGCCAUCCCCGAGAAGCCGCCGAAAACCUCACACAGUUCACAACAAUCUAUCGAAUCAGCCAUAGAACCAUUCAUACUGAUUCAGACGCGACAUCACGGGACCGACGGCACUGCCACCGCACUCGGCAUCGGACCGGACGCGGUCCCGGACCUCCAAGCCCAACGGCGGCUGCGAGCCCACAUAAGUGGAGGUCUCUCGGCACCGACUCUUAUUCCCGUUCGAGUGUCGAUAAUCCCCGGAUUUCGAAUCUCAGCCUGGCGUCCUGUAGCGCAUAGACAAGUCAUUGUACAAGAUGGCAUUACCUCGGCUUCACAAUCGCAUCGAGGCUUGGAACGGCACAGCGAUGAUGCCCUCGGAAUGGACAGUCACAUGCCUCAAGCCGACGCCAUCUUGAUGAUGUCGAUUGCGAGGGCCUCUCGCGCGUUCAGCGAAAGAUUGACAUGCGGUAGCAUUGGAAGAUGCAAGUCAUCGACCGCCAUCAAGUCAAUGUCGACUUUCCGACGAACCAGUCUGGAUGGCCGUCACGAGGGCGUUGGUCUAUCAGAACAGAGCUCUCCGGGACGGGAUGUUGCAUUGCAGGUUCCUGACAAAACUUCAUUGCUUCCACAUGUCAUCCAAAGCGAUGGCGGUGCAUUUUGCAUGUGGUUGACGCUGCCCAGGGCUCACAGUGAUACACGGCCAGCAACAUCCCUCGCAACGUGGACCAUAUACCCCAACGCCCAGAGACAUCUUGUCGCCCGCAUACCCAUGAACUGUGUAAGUCCAUUGGUCUGCUCCAUGGCCGAUGUCGCUUCGCCGGCAUGA